UCCAUGACACCCUCUCUAAUGGACAACUUCGACUUCGACAAACCAGAGCCUGAACAAGACAAAUGCAUAACCUCAGAACACUUCAGAAGGCCUACGCCAAUUUCGGACACAAUGCCAUCUGUGACCCUUUGUUCCAGGUGAAACGCAUUGGUCAGUGCCGAAACAAUCUUUGUGGAAAUGAUCAGUCCAUCUUGCAGCCUCUGAGCCUACCAGAAGAGGCGAGUUCAUCCAGUUCAACUUAUCCAGCAAAGAUGCAUUCACAAACUAAGCUGAUCAAAUGUCUCUUCUGCGAAGAAGAAUUUGAUUAUCAGAAAAAUCGUAAUGACAUCCUCAAACACUUUCUUGAGGUUCACAAAUUUGUGAUUGCUGAUGUCAAGAUAAUAGCAGAAUUCAAACAGUACGUUGACUAUUGGCGGGAGAGAUUCACCCAAAAUACCAUCACUGAGUUUUGUUCUGUUAUCAACACCAACACAAGACCAGAAGAUAUUGGUCCCAAGGAGCAGUAUUACCUCCUGUGUGAUAUGUUGCCUGAGGAUAAGGAGUUGCGGCAGAAACUUCAGCAGGAAAAGCUGGCAGACGUUCUUGCCCAGCAACAGAGGGAGAGGGCUUCUGAAUCAUUUUCACGAGGUUGUCUGUUUUGCAAAGAAGAGUUCCACACAAACAGGGUGGAGAUUUUCGACCAUAUGGUGAAGAAACACAACUUUAAUGUUGGUCAAGCAGAUAAUUUAGUUUACACUGAUGAAUUUCUAGACCUUUUGGAAGAGAAACUUAAAUUAUUACAAUGUUUGUACUGCGAGAAAACUUUCACAGACAGAUGGACUCUGAAGGAGCACAUGAGGAAGAAACAGCACAAGAAAGUCAAUCCACAAAAUAUUGUUUAUGACAAGUAUUAUAUUGUCAAUUACUUGGAACUCGGUAAAAAUUGGGAGAUAAUCCAAGCAGAGGUUGAUGGACCUGAUGAAUGUGACUCUGAAGUUGAAGAUGACUGGAGCGACUGGAAGGAAGAAGCUGGUAGCCAUGCCGUGUGUUUAUUCUGUGAUAGCCAAGCAGCAACCUCUGACCUUUUGAUGGAGCAUAUGAAGGUCACACACAAUUUUGACCUACAUGCAAUAAAGGGACGCCUGAAAUUGAACUUUUAUCUUCAAGUUAAACUAGUCAACUAUAUUAGACGCCAGGUAUACCAGAAUUCCUGUCUCUCCUGUGAUGCGAAGUUCAAAUCAAGAGAUGAACUGCUACGGCAUUUUGAGGACAGUGGCCAUAUUUCACAGCUGCCAGAUGUUAAAGUUUGGGACCAACCCCAAUAUUAUUUCCCGACUUACGAGAAUGACAACCUGCUGUUUGAGUUAUCAGAUGAGGAGACUGAAGAUGAUUCUGGACCUGAAUGUGUCGUGAUCCCAGAGUGUAACCCAGUCAAAGAAAGUAUUCUAAUGGACCCUAACUUGAGGAAAGAGUUAAUACAAGACAGUGAUGACUUUCCCUCGAUGUUCCUCAUUCACUAGUGCAUAUCACUUGAGUUUCUAGUUGUGUGGCAAAUGAUGAUUCUGGACUAGACUGUCUGGUGAUCCCUUUAAAACAAUGGAUUGUACAUACGUCUGUUCGACGCUAAUGAAUAAUAAAUUUG